UAGUUGCAACCCUUCGCAUAGUUUCACUCGAUAUUCCGAAGAAAGUGAAGUCAGGCAGGGAAGUGAAACUGACAUGUUUAUACGACCUUGAGGGAGAUAGGCUUUACUCCAUCAAGUGGUACAGAGAUGAUAAAGAAUUUUACCGCUUUGUUCCAAACGACACGCCUCAAAAGCAGUACUUUCCGCUAGAUGGAAUUAUAGUUGACUUUAGUAGAUCAGACAACAUGACCGUAUACAUCAGGAACGUGCAGAUUUCAACAGGAGGGGUAUUUGAAUGUGAAGUAUCAGCGGACUCCCCUUCUUUCAGGACAGCGGCACUUCAGAAAGUUAUGAUGGUGGAAGCAUCUGGAGCAAAUUCAUCGUACCUCGCAGUCAGUUUGAGCUUGGUGGUGACUAGCUUGAUAAUUUCCCUAACAACAGAGUUCUUCAGUCUCUGACAGGUUUUGGAGACAAGCGAGAUGGAGUAGAGAGAGAGAGAGAGAGAGAGAGAGAAAACCUGAUAUAAAGACCUCUUUUUUUUUUGGAAAGGCACGUGAGAGAUUGAAGAAUUCGACAGACUUUGUUGAAAAGCUUAGCUUUUGUGUUCCUUCAGAAAAAACAAACAAACAAAGAAACUUUGACGAUAUGCUCAUUACCUGAAGGAUUGUGGUUACAAUAGAAAAUUGUUUAAAAACAUUAUUUAAGAAGUUAGUAAUUUUACUCGGUAAAGUUUCGACUUCUACUGUGUGUAUGUGGCGAGAUCUUUGCAUGUGACCUAAGCGUGUUUGGAAAUGAGUCUAUUCACGUCUAGCCUCGAUUUUUCUUUUUGUCUGCAAAGUUUUUUGUAUUUCGUGUUUACUAGCAAAAGAUUAUUUUCAGUCCAUGUUACGCUAUAUUUGACCAGUGCUAUUUGAAUUGUAGCGUUGUUCUCUUGGUAUUCAAGUAAUCGCUAGAAGUUUGUAGUUUUCUCAUUAUCAAAAGUAUUACAUUUCUCUUCAAUGAAAAGAGUGAAAAAAAUAAGUUUAGGUGAGAUUAGGUAAAUGUACUCACACGACUAAUGCGUGAACUAAACUUGAAAAUGUCCUAUUUAAAUAAACUAUGUUGGAAA